CUCCCAACUCUGUGCGCCCCGUCACAAUAGGACGACAGAAUCGUGGCAUGUCGCAGCGGAGGAGCGCUGCCGCGACAGUGACGAGCCCAUUGUCUGCACUGCUCCCUAUCGGCCGCUGAUCUGAUCACCUUUUGUUUUGGCAUGAGGCGGCAUGCUAAUGACUUGAAGUUUCUCGGACAUGCGCUGAGGCGCGAGCUCGGGCUGCCUCCUGCUCUAUAAAGCCACCUGUGUGCUGAACUUGGAGAGCGCCGCUGUGAUUGCGAGAAUAGGCUCUUUGUGUGCGGGAAUGGCAGCGCAGCCGGGCACCGCAGGUUGGCACUGCCUGUAGCGACCAGUGCCCCGCUCUGCCAGAAGCCAAUGCUGCACGUAGAGGAGAAGCCGGGGCAUCUGCAGGAGGCGAUAUGCAGCCCGGGCUCCCCGACACUCCUGCACCCCUCACAGCCUGCCUGAGGGGCACCAUGCUGGGGGCAGCCCACCCUCCGCGCUGGCCCCUGGGCAGGGGCGCCCCCGGCAGCAGCCUGCUGGCAUUCGGCCUGAUCUCGCUGUUUCUGGGACUUUGCCAGUCAGUUGAAAACAAGUGUUCCUCUUCAAAUGCAGCUACGUGCACAAGAUGCCUCGCACUGGGCCCCGAAUGUGGAUGGUGUACUCAAGAGGAUUUUAUGGUGGAUUCGCUGGAGAAUGAAAGAUGCGACACUGUGAUUAAUUUAAAAUCCAAAGGCUGCAGAGCAGACUCCAUCGAGCACCCGUCAGCACAACUUCAGACUGUGAGCAGCAAGGAGGCGAGCAGUCAGGUCACACCGGCAGAGGUGUCCGCCCAACUUAGACCAGGGGCUUCUGUGAACUUCUUGCUCAGAAUUCAGCGUCUGGAGAAGUAUCCACUGGACCUUUAUUAUUUGGUUGAUGUCUCCGCUUCAAUGAUUGCAAGUAUAGAAAAACUUAAUGCCAUUGGAUCUGACCUGUCUCAGAAAAUGUCAGACUUUUCUCCUGACAUUAGGUUUGGAUUUGGAUCAUUUGUGGAUAAGCCUGUAUCACCUUAUAUUAGCAUUCAUCCUGAGAGAUUAAAGAAUCAGUGCAGUGUCUACAACAAGAACUGCAUGCCACCCCAUGGAUUCAUUCAUGUGCUCUCCUUAACAAACAACAUCACUCACUUCAAGGAAGUUGUUAGUAUGCAGAAGAUUUCCGGAAAUAUAGAUGACCCCGAAGGUGCGUUUGAUGCUAUGCUGCAGGCAGCAGUUUGCCAUAAAGAAAUCGGCUGGAGGAAAGAAGCAAAGCGUUUAAUUAUUUUGAUGACUGAUCAGACUUCUCAUUUAGCACUUGACAGUAAAUUAGCAGGGAUCGUGACCCCGAAUGAUGGCAAGUGUCAUCUCAAAGACAAUGUUUACACUAGAGCUUCCGAUAUGGAGCAUCCAUCACUAGGUUUGCUGGGUGAGAAAUUGGCAGACAACCAUGUUUAUGGGCUGUUUGCUGUCAGGGGAAGUGCCUUUAACUGGUAUAAGGAUCUUUUACCAUUGCUGCCAGGAACAGUUGCCAAAAAACUGGAUGCCACUACAUCAAACAUUAAGAAUGUGGUGGUUGAAGCUUAUCAGGCCCUCCUCUCAGAAACGAAGAUCCAAGUGGAUAAUCCUAUGAAGGGUAUUUCUGUAAAUAUUACUGCUAUAUGUCCAGAUGGAAGCAGACGUUCUGGGACAGAAGGAUGUCGUAACGUACAGCGUCAUGAUAAGGUUCUUUUUAAUGUAUCAGUUACUAUGGACUCUUGUGAUGUAGAAGGAGGACAUAACUACAUCAUACUUAAACCUAUUGGUUUCAAUGAAACUGCUAAAAUAAAGAUUCACCGAAGUUGCACAUGUCAGUGUAACAAUCCACUAAGGCAUAAGGACAAGUGUGUCACCGAGGUCCAUCCAGACUGCCCAGGAGUUCCAUGCACAGACAGCAACUGCAGCUCAGGAGAGAAGGAGCCUCAGUCUGAAAACUGUAAUCAGUCCCCAUCGGAUUCUGAAUGUAGUGGAAGAGGAACGUGUCUAUGUGGAAAAUGCUACUGCUCUAAAACCAAACUGGGAAAAAUAUAUGGGAAAUACUGUGAAAUGGACAAUUUUUCCUGCCCAUACAACCUGGGAAAACUAUGUUCUGGUAACGGUGAAUGUAACAAUGGAAAUUGUAGAUGUCACAGUGGCUGGGAAGGUGACCGAUGUCAAUGCUCCUCAUCAAAGAAACACUGUAUGGAUUCUAAUGGACUUAUAUGCAGUGGGAGAGGAAGCUGCAUCUGUGGCAAAUGCGAGUGCACUAAUGACAAAAGCUUUGGCCCUUUGUGCCAAUACUGCUCUGGAUGUAGCAAUACCUGCACAGACAACUGGAACUGUGAGCACUCUCAUGGCUCACUAAAUGCAUCUGUCAAUCCAAUGGAUCCCUAUAAAACAAAAUGUAACACGCUGGUGUACUAUAUGGAUCAGACUUCAGAAUGCUUCUCAGAUCCUUGGAUCCUGAAGAUCUUUUUCAUCAUCUUCACAGCAACUUUCUUAAUUGGGUUUCUUUGUGUACUUCUAAUUAGAGUUAGUAUUUUACAAUGCAGUAACAACAGGAGGACCUCAUCAUCUGACUACAGGGUGCCAACAUCAAUGAAGGAUAAAAAUGGCUUGCACAGUGUGUACUCGAGGACAGUAACAUAUACUCGGGAAAAACCAGAAGACAUUAAUAUCGGCAUUGGAAAACUGGCAGUACAUGAAGCAUUCAAGUACAAGUUUUAAGGACAUGUUUGCAUUAGGUGACCAACAUCAUCCCGUGUGGUUUGCAUCUAGUGACUUUUAUGCCUUUUGCUAUAAACAUUUCCUCGAAAAUGUAAAAAAAAUGAAAUUAAUGUCAUAUAAAUGGGCAGGGCCCGUUUAUUCAGCACGUGCCAACACGGAAAACCACCAGAACGGAUGCCAUACUUUUGCUAAGCAAGCACCAGUGGUAACAAGACAUUGUGGCAUUCUGCAGGUGACGGCAUGCAGUUACAUUGUGUGUUCUCUCAUCUUGUAUAGAUUUGGGAACUGACAACUGCAUAGAAUUAUUCUUUAGCUGCUCUAAUGGAUUCAUGUGCGUUACUACUGUACGGUACAAGGUUUGAAUGUAGCACUUUAUUAUUUGUAUUUUCUUUUGUAUGUUUUAUACAAAGCACUGGUUACACUUUAGCUAGAUUUUCUGUGCACUCCGCAACGAGGUUUGCAACCUUGUCAUAAUACGGAUGCAGUUGACCUGAGUUUGUCAUCUGGCGCAAAGCUUUGUCCUUAUUGUUGAUGCACGAAAGAAACUGUUGGAUGACAGAUUUAGCCCUGCUACAUCUGCAGACAUGAAACAAAAACAACUUUUGAGUGCUUGAUCUGCUGCAAAAGA